UCACAUACACAACAAUAAAUAGUACUAGUAUUUUUUUUCUUUCUCAAGAUUGAUUUGUAAUACACAUAAUGUAUCAUUUUGGAAUGGUGAUGAGGUUUUCUAGGGAAGACGAGUACGACGAUGAUUACGGUUGGACAGCCAAGAUGGACAUGAUAAAGAAGCGUUCAACCGUACUAGCAAAAUCGACAUGGAUGUCCGUGUGUCGGGUCGGGAAAGAAGAUCCGUGCCGGGUCUUCCAUGCCCUAAAAGUAGGGUUUUCUCUCACACUUGUUUCUUUGCUCUACUUGUUGGAGCCCUUCUUCAAAGGCAUUGGCCAGAAUGCCAUCUGGGCCGUCAUGACCGUCGUCGUCGUGCUUGAGUUCACUGCUGGUGCAACAUUGUGCAAAGGGUUGAAUAGAGGCAUCGGCACGUUGGUGGCCGGAUCCCUAGCCUUUUUCAUCGACCUUGUUGCUCAAGAAUCCGGCCAAGUGUUCCGUGCAAUCUUUAUUGGAGCUGCGGUUUUUUUUGUUGGGACGGGGGCGACGUACAUGAGGUUUUUCCCAUACAUAAAGAAGAACUAUGAUUAUGGGGUGGUGAUAUUCCUCCUGACAUUCAACUUGAUCACGGUGUCGAGCUACCGGAUUCACAACGUGCUGAAGAUAGCACAAGAUCGGUUUUAUAUGAUAGCCAUAGGAUGUGGGAUCUGUCUUCUUAUGAGCCUUAUAGUUUUCCCAAAUUGGUCAGGCCAACAUCUUCAUAAUUUUACUGCUUCUAAGAUUGAGGGAUUGGCCACUUCCAUUGAAGCUUGUGUGGCUGAAUAUUUCAGCACCGAGGAAUUAGUGAAAAAAGAAUCAUCAGAAGAUCCUAUUUACAAAGGCUACAAGGCUGUUCUUGACUCUAAAUCCACUGAUGAGACCUUGGCAAUGCACGCAAGUUGGGAGCCAUGCCAUUCAAGCAACUGCGAGAGGGUGCCAUGGCAGCACUAUGUGAAGCUCGGCGACGUUCUCCGCCAUUUCGGCUACACCAUUGUAGCUCUUCAUGGAUGCCUUCGUACUGAAAUUCAGACUCCGAGAUCGGUUCGUGCUCUUUUCAAAGAUCCAUGCCUUCAGCUGGCCGGAGAAGUCGCCAAAGCACUGAUGGAACUAGCUGACAGCAUAAGGCAGCGCCGCCAGUGCUCGCCCGAGAUCCUCUCUGACCACCUCCAUCAGGCUCUCCACGACCUCGACGCCGCCCUCAAAUCCCAGCCCAAACUCUUCCUAGGGCCCAGCUCGAACACCAACAACAGAAUGCUGGCCAUGGCUGCCGUCAGGCAGAACUCCUCGCUGCCCAGCGCGAAGACCGACUCAUCCGCGCUGGUCCAGUGGAGGACCAAGAGGGCAGCAGCAGCAGCCAGCGAGCAGGCCAAGGAGUUUGCCGACAGGAAGUCGUCGCUACGGCCCACACUGAGCAAGAUAGCCAUCACCAGCCUCGAGUUCGCGGAGGCGCUGCCGUUCGCCGCCUUUGCCUCGCUGCUGGUCGAGACAGUGGCGAGGCUUGAUCUGGUGAUCGAUGAGGUGGAGGAGCUGGGGAGGGUUGGUAACUUCAGGGAGUUCUGUGCAGGUGAUGAUAAAGUCUGCCGUAAACCUACAAAGGGAGAAGAUGCAUCAUUACAGAACCAUUUGCCUUCCCAUGGAGUAGAUUGAUUUUACUCUCUCCUCUCUCUCUCUCUUUCAAACACAAGUUAUAAUCAUUAUCCCUCAAGAAUCAAGGGAUACUCUUGCUUCUCUAUGUUACUAUACUUCCUUUUUCUAAUGUGACUUAUUCUUAUAGUACUA